AUUUCGAAUUGCAAGGGAAAGAUAUCUUGGUCUCAUUUUCCUGUGAAUUCUUUUCUUGUAGAUAUCCAUUUGUUUCUACUAUUUUCUACGGCCAUAUAUAUACUUAACAAAUCUUCUAAUCACUCUGCUGCAAAAUGGCUAGUGAAGAUAAUGAAAUUGUCACUGAUCUCUAUCCCCAUAUCCGAGUCUACAAAAACGGCCGCGUUGAACGUUUCUACCAUUUACACAACUUAUUCUACGUUCCAUCUUCACCAGAUCAAGAUCCAGAUACUGGUGUUUCCUCUAAAGACAUCACUAUCUCUUCUCACGUUUCUGCUAGGCUUUAUUUACCUAAAAACACAAACUCUUCAGACCAAAAAAAACUCCCAAUUAUAGUAUUUUACCAUGGUGGUGGACUCAUUCUUAAUUCAGCAUUCUUUAAUGUGUUUCAUCGUUUCCUUAAUCUCUUGGUUUCUGAAUCCAAUUCAAUUGCUGUCUCUGUUGAAUACAGAUUAGCACCAGAACAUGAUGUGACAACAGUUUAUGAAGAUUCUUGGACUGCUCUUCAAUGGGUGGCUAGUGGAAAAGAUUUGUGGUUAACAAAUUAUGGUGAUUUUAAUAAAAUAUUUAUAGUUGGGGAAAGUGGUGGAGCUAAUAUUGUUUUUAACAUGGUUAUGAGAGCUGGUAGAGAAAAGUUAAAUGGUGAUGUUAAAAUUUGUGGUUCAGUUCUUGCUUGUCCUUAUUUUGUGAUCCCAUAUGAAAAUGUUGAUGUGAAGAAUUUGAUGGUUUAUAAGUUAUGGACAAAUGUUAUUUGUCCAAAAUUAGAACCGCUUGAUUGUCCCAUGAUUAAUCCUCUUUGUAAAAUGGCUCCUAGUUUGUCUGGACUAGGUUGUUCCAAGUUGUUUGUGUGUCUUGCUGAGAAAGAUGAAUUGGCUCCUGGUGAAAUGGAGAUGCGAUUUGUCGAAGGUGUCAAGAAAAGUGGAUGGAAUGGAGAGUUUGUGUUUUUUGUGGUUGAAGGGGAAGGUCAUUCUUUUUUUAUAUUGGAUCCUGAAACUGAGAAAGCUAGAGAUCUGAUUAAGCGAUUUGCUAAUUUCAUCCAAGGCAAGUGAUUAGAUUUUUGUUGUUCUAGCUAGUGAAUAAAUGGUGACGGUUUAUCGGGAAUAGUAUUUCUAUCUUUAUCCCUUUUUCGGACCUCACUUUUAGGAUUGUUGUUGUUAUUGUAGUUAGGAUUGUUGUUGUUAUUGUAGUUGGUAAAUAAUUGAUUGUUAGGUUGCCACAAAUUACUACUGAUAUUAAUGUUGAGGUUUUAUUUUUUAAGAUG